AUGUCCGCCGUCACAGCCAACAUGCCCAUUGUCAGCAAACCAGCUAUCCCAGAGAAGAAACCUGUCAAGUUCUCAAACUUGCUCUUGGGUGCUAGUUUGAAUCUCUUCGAGGUUACGACCUUGGGCCAGCCAUUGGAGGUUACAAAGACUACUAUGGCUGCCAACAGAGGAGACUCUUUCGCCGGCGCGCUGGGUAGAAUUUGGGGUAGAGGUGGUGUUCUUGGAUUCUACCAAGGUCUCAUUCCAUGGGCCUGGAUCGAAGCUUCCACCAAAGGCGCUGUCCUUCUGUUCGUCGCCUCCGAAGCCGAAUGGUACGCCCGCUCUUUCGGCGCUGGUGAAUUCACUGCCGGUAUCACCGGAGGUGUGACUGGUGGUGUCGCUCAAGCUUACGCUACCAUGGGAUUUUGCACCUGCAUGAAAACAGUCGAAAUCACCAAGACCAACAUGGCGAAGGCCGGUGUGAAGCCCGAUGGUACAAUGACCACCUUCAUGAACAUCUACCGCAAGGAAGGUAUCAAGGGAAUUAACAAAGGUGUCAAUGCCGUCGCCAUUCGACAAAUGACAAACUGGGGUAGUCGUUUCGGAUUGAGUCGAUUGGCGGAAAGUGGCAUUCGAAAGGUGACUGGAAAAGGCGAGAAUGGAAAGUUGAAUGCUUGGGAGAAGAUUCUGGCAAGUGGAUUGGGUGGUGGGUUGAGUGCUUGGAAUCAACCUAUUGAGGUUAUUCGUGUCGAGAUGCAGAGUAAGACGGUAGAUCCUAACCGUCCGGCUAAGAUGACGGUCGGCAACACUUUCAAGUAUAUUUACGGUCAGAACGGGAUUUCGGGUCUUUAUCGUGGCGUUGUUCCUAGAAUUGGUUUGGGCGUUUGGCAAACUAUUUGUAUGGUUGCUAUGGGUGAUAUGGCGAAAGCUUAUGUCGAGAAAUUGACAGGUGAAACGGUCACCGCUAAGCAUUAA